AUGGCGACGCAGUGUCACCAUUUGUUGACAAUGAUCGCAGAGAGCCUGCGGCGGACAGGAGCUGGUGGAGAGGAAUCCGGCCAUGGCUGACAGUCAGCGGGUCGCCGAAGAUGUGCAACUGGAGAGGAAGAUGAAAGAAAUGUUACAAGUGUCAAUAUUUGAAUUAAAAAACACCGCCAAAGGACUGGAAAAGAGACUGGACAGUGUGGAAGAAGAAGGUAAUGAAUGGAAAACAAGGUAUGAAACACAAACUGAGCUAAAUAAACAGAUAGAAAGGCAGAUUCUUCUUAUUCAACAGAAAUCUGAGCAAAUCCGGGGCAGCCCUGCAGAUAGACUUUCCUCCAUUCGUUCCUAUGAUCAGAUGCCAACUGCGGCCUUAAACAAACACCUUAAACAUUUAGAUGAAGAAAAAGCUCUACUGGAGAACCAAAUCAAAGACUUUCAACUUCGACUUGAACAAGAAACAAAGGCAUACUAUAAAGUCAAUGAUGAAAGAAGAAUGUAUAUGUCUGAGCUUUCACAGACCUCAAUCACUCACGAAGCUCCAAAGAAACAGCAAAAUGAUCCAGCACACAUCGCAAGGGAAAAACAAAAGAUUAAAGCAGGACAACAGUCUUUAGCAAAGCAGAAAACAGUUCAAAAGAAAGAGCCGGUAAAGAAGACCUCGAAAAUCAAUCAAGCUUCAAAAACAAAACAUUGAGAUUCGUGUAACACUCGAUACAGACAUCUAAAGCACUUUAGCUUCAUGUCCCAGCAGUAUUAUUUUACAAAAGUGCCCAUUUCAAGAGAAGAUAUUCAGUCCAGGGUGGUCUGCUUGUGCAGGACCUCCUACCCUGAAUAUGAUCACCAGAAGGACACUCCAGUGGUGUCUAGGGCUUAACCCCUGUGUACAAAUAAAGCAAGCGAAAAGUUAUAAUAUACACAUGCAAAGGAGAAAUAAUUUUGAAUGUGGAUAUUCACUGGAUAAAUAAUAAACAUUGUUUAAAUAUUCAAUAUUCAUAUUUAUUAAAUCUAAAGCGCUUGGCUUUUCACUCACUAAAAGAUACUGAUUCAAGGGUUCCCCCUAACUAAUAGGCUUUAUUGGUGGUGGCCAAAAAGUGGGGGGAUCCUAAAGAAAGUCUUUGUGUUAGUUGAUAGUCCAGAGUACUGUACUAUUUGAAGAAACUUAGGGAGAUUGGUUACAAGUUAUUACUACUGUGAGUAGUCACUCCAAUGUGUGGAGUCGGUAAAAAGUCACCUUUUAAGCCAAUUUAUUCAAGCAUUAACUCAUAAGUUGCAGUUACUAACCUCAAUGUUUGAAAAAGGCAGGACAAAGUACACAUGAUUUUAGUGCUAGAAAUCUUCUGCAAUAUUAGAUUCUCAAGUGCCACUAUAUGGUAAAGUGUAGAAUAUUCAAAUUCUUACUCAUAAGUCGCAAUUACUAGCCUCAAUGUUUGAAAUAAGGCAGGACGAAAUACACAUAAUUUUAGCGCUAGAGAUCUCCUGCAGUAUUGUAUUCUUAAAUGCCUACUUAUAUUAAAGUGUAGAAUAUUCAAACGUUUACUCAUAAGUUGCAGUUACUAACAUCAGUGUUUGAAUUUAGGCAAGACAGG